CUCCUGGUUGCCUUUGGGCCUUUCCGACUCCAUCAGAUCUACGGGCUCUUUUAUUGGGCCUUAAAAGAAAUCAUUGAUAUCUGUAUUCAGCCUUGCAACAGUCCCGGCCCACAAUGCGACAUCGCUGCUGCUCGCUUCGCGGGGCCGUCCCACUCCGUCCUCGGGCGGACCUCCGGUCACUCGAGCGAUGGCGGAGAUCGCCGGCGACGAGGCCCCAACGGUUCCUCCUCCACAUCCUCAUAUCUCCGGAGACCAGUGUACCUCUACUCCUGCCUCUACCGGUAGCAGCAAGCCGCCGUUGCGCACGACGAAGCCCGGCGUGAAGCGCCUCAUCCUCACCGCCUCCGUCCUCCUCUCCUUUCUCCUCGGUACUACCCCACGACCUCCACUUGGAGCCAUGGCUAGUGCUUGUUACUCAUCUCCGUAUAACUCGCUCGCAUCUAUGUAUGUCUCUUUUAAGGACUGCCCUUCCUGCUUAAAUCUACCGAGAUCCAUCAUUCGCUGAUCCCUUCGGACGCAAUUACGGCACUCGCCCACCGCCUCGGCUCCACUCCGCCCUCCUUCCCAUGCGGCCUCCACGCGGUCUUCCUCUGGUAGGUUCCCGGUGGCUUUGAUGCCUCCCUCUCUCGUCGCCUUGAGCGAUCGAUUUCGGCCCAGCUCCAGCUCUUCCCUGCCACCUCUACUGCCAGUAAUGUCUCGGUAUCAGUCACCGUUGAGUCGGCUGGAGCAGCUCCAGCAGCAGCAGCAGCGUUGGGGGGUCAGGUUGGCAGUGUGGCACUGUCACCAGUGCAGACCUAGCGGUUGGCGAUGAGGUGUUCCAUGAAUUGCUGCACUCAGACUAUCUUCAGUGAUUACCCCUAAAUUUCUCCCUCUAUAUCCCACUCACGUACCACGUCAGCGUUCUCUCUCCCUAUAUCUCCACUCUGUACAGCGGUUCCCUCUAAAUCUUUCCUCUAUACCCUACUACAACCAUAAAAUAUUAUUUUCUAUACCUACUUUUUACCUCCUAUCAAUUUUUCAUCUACUAAUAAUUAGAAGUGGGUUCACGUGAACAGUGUUUGGAGGGGGAGAGAGAAGCUUGCUAGGGAGAACCUCCGCGUAGGGCGCCUGCUAGAGUGAAAAGUUGAGCCUAUAUCGUGUGUACUGUAGUCGUUGUAUUUGGCGUGUGAGAGCGGCAGCAGGAAGACGGUCUCAGCUUUACAAAGCAGCAGAGGGCAUGGGUCUACGGUUUACACUGUUGUGGUUGUGGAAGUUGGUGAUGCAAAGAGUUGUCGUUGGGAAGCACCGGCAUGCUUGGGUGGUUGGAAAGGCU